AUGGCCAAGUUGUUUGGCAACCGUGGAGUAAGAACCACCAUCCUCACCAACCCUGCUAACACUUUCCUUCUCAAACCCAUCAUUUCAAACUCCCCACUAGAACUAGCCCUCAUUCCCUUCUCUUUUACCACAGCAACAGGCCUUCCUGAAGGCUGUGAAAACCUCACCACCCUCCCCUCACAAGACCUCAUCCCUAACUUCAAGCAAGCCGUCUCCAUGCUCUCCCAACCCUUCCACCAAACCUUCACACAACACCACCCCAACGUAAUCAUAAUUGACAUCUUCUUUCCUUGGACCAUUGAAAUCACAUCCAAGCUCACCAUCCCCCAACUAAUUUUUAAUGGCACUGGCUUAUUUCCUUUGUGCCUCAUUACCAUCCAACAAAGCUAUAAUCCUUACCAGACCUUGCAAGCUAAAACCAAGUCCUUCUUGGUUCCUGGAACCCCUCAAUGGAUUGAGCUUCUCAAGACUCAAGUUCUAGAUAUAUGCAAAACAAACAAAGAGUGUCAAGAUUUCUUCCUUCAUGUUAAGGAGGCAGAGAAGAGAAGUUACGGCGUGGUGAUGAAUAGUUUCUAUGAGCUGGAACCGGACUACGUUGAACACUACCGCACAGUCACUAGACGCCAGCUUGUCACAUUGGAACCUGGGUCUGUUCUAUAUGUUUGUUUUAGAAGCUUGUCUAGCUUCUCCGGUGAGCAGAUACGUGAGAUAGCUUUGGGUCUUGAAGCUUCUAAUCAUGCAUUCAUUUGGGUGGUUCCUAAGAUUAUUGAGAGGGAUGAGAAGAUACAGGAUUGGAUGCCAGAAGCUGUUGGUGGGUUCAUGAUUCACUGUGGAUGGAACUCCACUCUUGAAGAUGUGUUGAAGAUUGGUGUUGCUGUUGGGAUGAAGGAACAUGUGAUGAGGCCUGAGGAUAGGCCUUUGAUUCAUGGGAUAAAUAUGGAGAGAGUUGUGAGCUGCAUGACCAGUAUUGGUGGGGUUAAAGCUGAGGCCAUGAGGAUGAGAGCUAGAAAGCUGAGAGAGAUGGCAAAGAGUGCUAUCAUGGAGGAUGGCUCUUCUUAUACUGAGUUAACUUAG